ACAGAGUGUAGCGAAAUAAACACACAAUCAAUUCACAGCAAUGAAUCCAUCAUCACCAGUACCACCCGAUUCCUCCCCUCUCCCACUCUCCCAGCAGCUUCAGCUCAUCAAAGAGCUCCAAAUCUUCAAACUCCAAGGCUGCGACAGGCGCGGCCGCCCCCUCCUCCGCAUCAUCGGAAAAUUCUUCCCUGCGAAGCUCGUGAGCGCAGAGGCAGCGAAGAAGUUUCUAGAAGACGAGAUCUUCCCGAAUCUGGAGGGGCGCCCCUUCUCGGCCGUGUACGUCCACACGGAGGUGAACAGGGGCGACAACUUCCCCGGCAUCUCGGCGCUGAAGUGCAUAUACGACGCCGUUCCGGAGAGCCUCGAGGCCGUGUAUUUUGUCCACCCGGGGAUCCAGUCGCGGCUCUUCCUGGCGACGUUCGGGCGUUUGAUCUUCGGGGGCGCGGGGUACGGGAAGGUGAGGUAUGUGAGCCGGCUGGAGUUCCUGUGGGAGCACGUGCGGCGGAAGGGGGCGGAGAUGCCGGAGUUCGUGCACGAGUUUGAUGAGGAGAUGGAGUGGCGCCCCACCACCGUUGAUUACGGGAUCGAGAGCGAUCAUCCUGCGGUGUUGAAUACUCCUUUUGAUUCUACUGUUUCUACCUAUUCUAUGAGGUGUAUUGCUUAGAGUGAAGACUAGAUUUCUCGUUUUGUUUUGUUGGUGAGGUUGUUAGAUUCGUAGUAGACUAGACCUCCAGCAGAUGAUGUAAAAAUGGAAAGAAAAGGCAACGACAAGCUUGCUGCCUACUGUUUGUUUAAUUCUGUGUCUGUUUGAAUUAAACGGCUUUUCUGAUU